GGCAAGACAAGCAAUAGAUUCAGCAAAACUCGCCAGCAUAGAGUGCACUGUCGCAGAUCGUUUGCGACAAAAGGAUCAUGACGAACUUAAAGUACUACACCAACUUCCGCCAGAACCACCUCCCAGACGUGCCCACUCGACGCCAGCGCGCUGGUCUCCAUCAUCAUGGUGGGCCGUGGACGUGGGUGCCCCCGGGCGGAUGCCUGGAGUCGGUCGGGAGUCCAGCGCCCACCGAUGACAACUGUCGACGCGUCCACGCAAACGACAUGCGGGGGAUGCGAUGGCAUCCACCACGUGGAAGAGAUGGCCCCACAAAGAUGCCCGUGAAGCACCCUGCAGGAGCCGGCUCCCUCGACGCGCUACAGCACCCCGGAUCCACGGCCACACUCAUAUGAGGAGACGAUGGCCCGAGGGAGUACAGAAUACCCGCCACAACCACCGCAGUACUCCCAGGCUACCUCCUCAAUGGGCGAUGGAGACGACAGGCCUGGCCAGCCAAUUUAUGUUAUAGUAAUACCU